AUGGGCAGGGUCAUCAUCGAGGAGGUGGGCGAUAGCCGCAAUCUUAUUCCAUUGGUUCUUCCCCAUACCAUUUUAGAGCGGCAAAACCCAGGAUCGCUCUUGUACUUUAGUGACAGUACCGAUAUACUUGACAGUGGGGUUGCAGAGGAGCUGGAAAAUCUUAUGGGUUACGAUAUUUUUGCUGACGCUAUGGGUCAGCGCUUACUCUCCAUACGUGGCGAAGGUGUAAACGAUGAUGCGCUUUUUGUCGCGCAAUUUCUCUUAAACGAUGUGAUGGAUGAGCACCGGGCUUUACGUCCCGAGCCCAGCACGCGCAGCUGGGAGGAUUAUCCAUUGGAGGCAUCCGGGUCGCAUGGAAACUCCUUCCUUAACCCACUCGAGAAUUACGUACACAUCCGGCAUCCAUUGGGGCCUCGCAUGCGAGAUACUCGCGUGACUUCAUCGCCCGCUAAUGUAAAAUGGAGCUAUCAUAUUCUUCCUGGCGGCUACGUUUCUGAAAUUGUGGUCGUUCAAAAUGAUGAGAGCGUAUCUGGCGAAGCGACAGACGAUGUGGACGAUAUUGGGGAGGAUGAUUAUUAUCUUGACUGGCUUGGUGCUCAGCUGCAUCGCUGUCAGGAAGGUGCGUCAAACUGGGUGAUCGAUUCCGUCCGGGACCCAAGCAGCGGCGAGAUUACUUAUACUCUGAUGGAAUCAAUGGAGACAACGCCUAAAACACUUCCUCUUUUAGAACCGCAAAGCGCGGUUUCUGAAGAGUUGCUGAGCACUUCGCCGAGCCAGCGACCUCGUAAAACGCGACGCACUCGUCACUCUCCCGAUGUUACUCAGGACUGGGAAGAUGCAUCUAUGUUUAUGGUAGAGCGGGAUGAAGAGUUGGAACGCAGUAAUAAGGAGAAUGUAUUAGACGAAGGAAUGAAAGAAGCAGGUCUUGUGUUUAAAGUGAAUUCACUCGAACAUGGGCUCGAUCGCACUAUUGAAGAAGUGGAUACGCCAGCGAGCGCUUGUGAAUCUCCGUUAGCGCCUAUCGAAACGCAACCGUUAGAAAGUAACGCGAAGGAUAUGCAUGCAAUAAAUCUUCCUAUUGCAAUUGCUCCCAAUGAGCAGCCUGCAACAUUUAGUCGGCAAAUGUACCAUUUCUCCAAGACCAGUGCGGAGCACGAAGGGCGUACUGCCGCCUUGCUGGCAAUGUACGACUCAGAGUUUUUGCGGGCAGCUCUACGUGCGUACAUGGCACGGUUCCAUUUUGCUGGCUACCCCUUGGAUAUGGCACUUCGACAGUUUUUGGCAUUGGAGCACCUUCCUGUGGAGAGCCAACAAGUGGAUCGCGUUUUGGACUCUUUUGCUUCUCGUUAUGUUGCUUGCAAUCCUGAUGCAUUGACCCACGAUCAGGCGUACACACUUUCUUUUUCUAUUAUGCUGCUACACACGCAUACAUUUAACAAAAAUGCCCGUACGACCAUGACCAAGGCUGCUUUUGUGUCUUUGGCCAGCGAAACCGGUAUUGAACGCAUUGUCCUUGAAUGCAUUUACGAUAACGUCACCUUGGUUGAAUUUAUUUAUACCCGCACCGAAAGUGCCGCCUUAUCCGCGCGAAAGCCUCGUUCGGUAGCAGUGCGCGAGCGCACCGCACUGUACAAACUUAUCACCACGGGCAGCAUACUUAAUUUUCGGAUUAGCGCAACAUUCCCGUCCGUGCUUGAACAAAGCGUUACUUGUCUUUCGUCUUUCGAAUGUGUGGAUAUUCUUCACGCUGCAUGUAUUGAUGCUUCUGCAUUGGCUUUGUAUGAGCCAGUGCAGCGCACUCUUUUUUCAAGUCUCUUUUGGAACUCACGCAGCUUUCCCGAGCAUCCGAGCUAUAUUGUGCGCAUUCUAAAAAGUGGUAUGGUUCGGUGUCGCGGUGUCAAUGAAAAUAACGAGAAAAGGGGCCUUCGCAGCCGCUGGCGCUCCUAUGCAGUACUUUUAACAGGCUCUGCACUUCUUUGGUUCAAGGAUGUCCGCAUGCUCGAUAGACUCGAAGCGGCGAUAGUGGGGACUGAUACCACAAAGCCUAUUCCUUUUUGUCCUGACGAAAUCACACCGCUGCGCAAUACGUUAUGUGUAAGCGAUAUGAGCGACUUAUCCAUGCUUCGCUUGCGCUCCGAUGAUUACUGGUACCUGCUCCAACCAGAACCCAGUGACAAGGAAUUAUUUACGUGGAUGGAUGGAAUUAAUUAUAUCGCUUCCUUGAGUAACGGCGGUGUAGUAUGGGACGAUGCAGCGCACAUUUCGCUGCUUUCACCGUCGUUUAUAAAAGGCAGUGUGUUGGACGUGUUGCUUCCAGGGCCCCUCGCCGAGCAAGAAAAACCUGUGUACGCUGCGUCGGUGGUCGAACCUUCUCAGAUUCGUUCCACUUUGGCAUUUUCGUUUGAUUGCAUUGUACACACUCUUGCACAGCAUGAGGCACGGAAAGACGAACUAGAACGCACUUUUAAAGCAGAAUCAGAGCAUUUGUCGCGCCUUUGCAUUCUCGUUCCACUUAUGCGCACGACUAGAGAGAAUGUGGAACAAUCUUUGCGCCAAUUGUUGCGUUCACUUCGCGCCAUGCAGUUGGAACUCGCGUUUGUCAUUUGUCGCGUAACGAGCAUUGCGGGAGAAAAAGAGUCGCUGCAAUCCAUACUUCGAGAUAUAUAUGCGUAA